AUGAAUAACUCGAAAAGGAAUUCAUCGCUUUUAUCGACUCAAUUGAGUUUGCAAGAGGCAAAGCAAUUACAAGAUGAUGAAAUCGAAGCUAUAAAAGCAAUAUAUAUGGAUGAUUUUGAACCUGUUGCGACACAGAGCGUUUGGAAGCAGGUUGCUCCAACAGUUCAUGAAUUCAAACUUCAUUUGUGUCCGCAUGAGGAAGAAUUAAAAAGACAUGUUGAAAACGCUCAAGGACUUUCAACGACAAAAUUAAAACAACUUCAAGUUGAAGUCAAUAAAAAGUUGAAGGAAAAUGUUGGUCAAGAAGUUGUUUUUACGAUUGCGGAGUUUGUUAAAGAAUUUAUUACAGUGAAUAAUAAUGGCAUUCCGAGAAUAGUUAAGGUACCUUCUUUUCAUGCACAAAUGUUGAGUAGAAAUGAACACAUGUCAAAGGUUCAACACGAAAAAGAAAUGGAAGAAAUUAUUAGAGCUAAACAAAUCAAAGAGCAAGAGAAAUUAAAUGAAAACUUGACUUUAUUACAAAAGAUUGAAGAGGAAACUCAAAGGCAAUUGGCAAAGAAGGAGGAAGAGAGACAAAAGAGAAAACAAUUGAGAUUUAAAAAUAGUCAGGAUUUAAAGAUUGGAAAUGAUUAUAAUUCGAUGCAGUUUACAAUCGUUGAUUUUGAUUCAUUGAUCAUGUUGAAUCCUGAUGAUUCGCAGUGUGUACCUUUUAAAUCUGUAAUGCUAGGUCCGUCUAUCGGAAAAGGACCAAUCGGUGUAACAUAUAUGGUCCAGGCUACGAAUUUCCAAAUCAGAGGAUCAUCGACCUCUUUGAGGUAUGUUUUAGUCCUUAAAGAUAUUAAAAUAACCGAAUCGCAUUAUUUAGAUCUAGAUGGCAAGAAUAAGCUUGAGGAGAUUGAAAAGGAACUUGAUCGGUUGAAAAAGUUACGUCAUCCAAAUAUAGUUAUCAUUUACGAAUCCGAGCUUAAAAGAUGUCCACAGACCGGUUGGAAUUUAUAUAUUCUUAUGGAAUAUGCAAGAGGCGGAACUCUUGUCGAUUUAUUGAAAAAAUGUGGAGUUGUGAGAUUAUCGUUGGCAAGAGAAUAUAUGAAGCAGUUAUUGACAGCCUUAGACCAUAUACAUAGCAUUAAUUUUAUACAUAAAGAUAUCAAGGCUUCUAAUGUAUUGUUUGUAGAAGUUCCCGGAACAGACGAUUUCAUUGCCAAGUUAUCUGAUAUCAAUUAUCACAGGGAAUUGUUAGGUAUCGUUGAUGACAUGGAUUUGCUUUCUCCCGAACAAGUAUCAAAAUCAAAUGCUUAUUCUAGAAAAAAUGACAUUUGGUACAUGGGUGUAAUCUUCGUACAAAUGUUAUUUGGAUUAAAAGUGACUCUAGAUUAUGAUUCUUUGGAUAAUCUCCUUAGUUCCUCUAAACAUGAGAUACCGAAUUCUUUAAAGGAUAUUCUCAAAAGCAUGCUUCAAAUAGAUAUAAAAAAAAGACCAACCCCACUAGAAUUACUGAAUAAUUCCUUCUUUAAUGAGGGGAUCCCUUUUUCCUUAAAAUAUAUGAUGUCACAAGAUCAGCAAAGUUCUGCAUUUGCACUUAAUAGAGAAAACUAUAAUGAAAUGGUCAAUGACAAUUUAUCCCAUUAUGCCAUAUCGCCACCUACAUCAGUUCCAAACUCUCAACCUUUUUCGUUUUCAAGAUAUAAACUUGAUUUCGAAGAGCUUGCUUUUCUUGGCAAGGGCGGAUUUGGUGAAGUUGUUAAGGCCAGGAAUAAAUUAGAUGGAAGAUUUUAUGCGAUAAAAAAAGUGUGUCUUAAUCCGAACGAUAUCGAGAAAACGAAAAAGAUUUUGAGAGAAGUUACAACAUUAUCACGUUUACACCAUCAGUAUGUUGUUAGAUAUUAUACGACAUGGUUUGAAGAUUCUGAUAGCAGUUGGAAUGAUACCGAAUCAUUUAGCGAAGAAAUCACGGCAUUAGACGAUGAAGAAUCAGAAUCACUUUCUUCUAAUGCAAUAGAUUUUCAGGAUUUGGAUGAAUUUGAUUUAAUGUUUGAAUCAUCUUCAAAUCGUGGAUAUUCACAAAUACACUUUGAAUCUGAUAGUGAUGAUGAAUUUGAAUUACAAAAUGGAGAUUUGACAAAAGGAGGAUUUGGUGUUAGAAAUAGAACUCCCGGACCCGGAAAAAAGAAUAAUUCAAAAGAAGCGAAAACAAGAAUUCUUUAUAUACAAAUGGAAUAUUGUGAGAAUAAAACGUUGAGAGACAUCAUUGAUUCUGGAAUGAGUGAAGAUGAGGGAUGGAGGCAAAUCCAUCGUGAUUUAAAGCCUAGCAAUAUUUUCUUGGACGCUAAUGGAGAUGUCAAGAUUGGUGACUUUGGAUUGGCAACAACAAACAAUGCUCUGUUUGAUCCUGGUUCAUUUAGAAAUGUGGAAAGAAUAGGAGGAAGCAAUGAAGUUUCUAUGACCGAAGGCAUCGGCACAACUUUAUACGUCGCUCCGGAGGUCACUAGUAGCGCGGUCUUUGCAAACGAAUUGAAUCUGGCGAAUGUGCCUGGAAUAAUAUUUUUCGAAAUAAAUUUCAAGUUUUCUACAGAGAUGGAACGACGUGUGACAAUAAUGAACCUACGCAAGCCAGAGAUAAUUUUUCCAAGAGAAUUUACAAAUCAAAAUAAAAUCAACCUGGUUAAAUGGUGUUUACAACAUGAUGCUAAAGUUCGUCCUUCAAGUUUAGACAUAUUGAAAAGUGAAUUUUUGCCACCAAAAAUUGAAGAUGAACACCUGCAAGAUUGUAUUAGAACAAUCGCGAAUCCCAAUACACCGUAUUAUCGAGCAUUGAUGUCGAUUUUAUUUUCUCAGUCACUCGAUAAAUCAAAAGAUUAUACUUAUGAUUUUAAUUCGGGAAAUAAUAACUUUGACCAAUUAAGUGCUUUAACAUAUGUCAGAGUUCGCGAUCAUAUGGUUAAAAUAUUUCGACAUCACGGUGCUGUAGAGCUGAAUACACCGUUAUUAAUGCCAAAAUACGAUUUUUACGAAGAAGAUAAGAAGGCUGUUUAUUUAAUUGAUACUGAUGGUGGUCUUGUACAGUUACCGUAUGAUCUAACUGUUCCAUUUACGAGAUAUAUUUCGAGAAAUAACAUAAUGGAUCUAAAAAGAUAUACAUUUGAUCGUGUUUAUAGAGAGAAUACAGUUGGAGGGCAACCACGUAUAAUAAGUGAAGUUGACUUUGAUAUUGUUCAUAGUACUCCUGCACCCAUGGUAGCUGAAGCGGAGAUUUUUAAGAUUGUGGAUGAAAUUCUUCUGGAAUUUCCUCCAAUAAAAUCAGUAAAUUAUGUAUUUUAUGUAAAUCAUACAAAUAUAUUGGAGACAAUAUUUAAAUGUUGUAGAAUUCCUGAAGACAUAAAAAAGGGAGUUUGUGGACUUCUUGGACAAUUAGAUAAGAAGUGCACAUUAUCAAUGAUUAGAGCUCAAUUAAUGAAUAAAUAUCAAUUAUCCAAAAUGGUAUUGGAUGAGUUAGCAUUAUUUGAUUUUAGAGGUGAUUUUGAAUUUGUAUCGAAUUCUCUGGACAAAUUAAUGCCGUCUUCCUCAAUGAAAUCGCGGAUAAGAGAAGUUUUUAAUGAAUUUAAAUUGUUGUUAGAUUAUGCAAAAUCUCUUGGCGUUAAUCACGAAAUAAUAUUCGUUCCAUUAUUAAAUGGAAUUAUAUUUCAAGUUGUAGAUGAUAAUAAUCGUAAAGAUGUUUUGGCGGCAGGAGGAAGGUACGAUUGGUUAAUACAACAAUUUCGACAUCCUGUUACCUUAAGUGGAAAAGGAAGAGGUAGACAACCGAUUUAUGGAGUUGGAGUUAAUAUUGCUAUGCAAAAAAUUGUUCUUUCAUUGGAAAAUUAUCAAUCAGCAAUGUUAAAAAUGAUUCUAUCAAAGAAGAUUGAAGAUGAUAGAAGCUUUUGGACCCCUAAAACGUGCGACGUGUACGUAGCAAGCUUUGGUAAAAUAUUGUUACAAGAAAGAUUGGACCUUGUAAAAGAAUUAUGGGCCCAUAAUAUCAAAGCUGAUUUUAUGUAUGAGGAACUAACAGAUCUUACACCUGAAAUUCUGACGAUCAAAUGCAGAAAUCAAGGAAUUAAUUGGAUUGUUAUAAUGAAGCAUAAAAGUCAAGAUUCAUAUACAGCGGGUGCUUCAAGGGAUGCUUUAAUCACCGUAAAGAUAAAAAAUUUAAUUAAAAAGACUGAAGAUGAAGGCAAUGAAAUAUGUGUGAAAUUAAGUGCCGAAAUAACGGAACUUUUGAGAGCAGAUUUAAAGUAUAAUAGAUAUUCUUCAGUUACUCAAGUAGAUCAUU